GCUUUCUCACUGGCUUGCUGUCUACAGUGGGGACACGGAGGUCGUCAGCAACCACAGAGGGACUUACGGGCAGAGCACCUCGGCCAGGAGUCCUCUGGACCCUCAGGCAGCUGGCCCCCAGCAGGAAUGGGCAUGAAGACGCUGAUUGUGGCACUGGUCCUGAUGGCUGCAGCCUGGGCCGAGGAGCAGAAUAAGGUGUUGCAUGGUGGACCCUGUGAGCAGACGUCUCACCCCUACCAAGCUGCCCUCUACAUGUCAGGCCACUUGCUCUGCGGAGGGGUCCUCAUUCACCCGCUAUGGGUCCUCACCGCUGCCCACUGCAAAAAACCGAAUCUUCAGGUUUACCUGGGAAAGCACAACCUUCAGCAAAGGGAGAGUUUCCAAGAGCAGAGCUCUGUUGUCCGGGCUGUGGUCCACCCUGGCUACAAUGCUGCCACUCAUGACCAGGACAUCAUGCUGUUGCGCCUGGCUAGACCCGCCAGAUUCUCUGAACGCAUCCAGCCCCUCCCCCUGGAGGAAGAUUGCUGGGCCAACCAUGCCAGCUGCCACAUCCUAGGCUGGGGCAAGACAGCAGACGGUGGUUUCCCUAACACCAUCCAAUGUGCAUACAUCCAUCUGGUGUCCCGUGAGGAGUGUGAGCGUGCCUACCCCAACCAGAUCACCCAGAACAUGGUGUGUGCCGGGGAUGAGAAGUACGGGAAGGAUUCCUGCCAGGGUGAUUCCGGGGGUCCGCUGGUGUGUGGAGACCGUCUCCGAGGCCUUGUGUCAUGGGGUAAUGUUCCUUGUGGAUCCAAGGAGAAGCCAGGGGUCUACACCGAUGUCUGCAGAUAUGGCCGCUGGAUCCGAAAAACCAUUCAGGGCAACUAAUCCUGACAUGUGACAUCCAACUCUUGACCUGUGGCCCCCACUUGCUGGCUCCACAAUACCCCUGACCAAGACUUUGCCUUCCCCCCACCUGCCUAGACCCAACCCUUAAUGCUUAAUAAAAGCAGUGACAUGACAGUACAAAUUCA